GCGUUGAGACCGGCGCGAGGUCCCCGGAUGUGGCGAGUGGACGCGUUUCCGGCCGGGCCUGAGCGGAAAUGGCGGCGGCGGGGGCUGCCGCCCCUGCGAUUCGGUUUCUUGCCUUGUUCAGGCACGCUCUUGUAUCUCCCUUCGGGGGCAAGUCGAUGUCCAGGCGAUUCUACCGAGGUGACAGCCCAACAGACUCCCAAAAGGACAUGCUUGAAAUCCCUUUGCCCCCAUGGGAAGAGCGAACAGAUGAACCAAUUGAAACCAAGAGGGCCCGCCUGCUUUAUGAGAGCAGGAAGAGAGGCAUGCUAGAGAACUGCAUCCUUCUGAGCCUCUUUGCCAAGGAGAAUCUCCACCAGAUGACGGAGAGGCAGCUGAACCUCUAUGACCGACUAAUCAAUGAGCCUAGUAAUGACUGGGAUAUCUACUACUGGGCAACAGAAGCAAAGCCAGCCCCCGAGAUCUUUGAAAAUGAAGUCAUGGCAAUGCUGAGGGACUUUGCCAAGAACAAGAAUAAAGAACAGAGGCUGCGGGCCCCAGAUCUCGAGUACCUCUUUGAGAAACCAACCUGAGCUCUGUUCUGGUCUGGCCCGGUCCAGGAGCAGAACCUAAAAGGACAAACAUUCAACCCUAUUCAUGGCUGCCAGUGCACAGUGAAAUCCUCACCUGCUGCUUCCUGCCACCGAACCGAGCUGUCAGGCCUGCCCAGCCACUGGAAGGCCCCAUUCACAAAGCAUGUCACUUCUUAUAAAAGGGCUCCUUGUAUCUCA